AUGAGUGCUAUUGAGGGCGUAGUUUCUGAGACAUCUAAUAUGUUAAAAAGAAAGAAAGAAGAUGGUGUGGGUGAAGGGUUAGAGGCCGCCAUAAAGCGAGUUGCCUUAGAAGAUGAAGUAAAGGAUAGUGAGUCGGUUGUUAUUGAUGAAGUGUCUGUUUCAGAUGAUAGUGUUGUCUCGCAAGCUGAGCAAGAAAUAGAAGAGAAAUUCCCGGAAGAUAACGUUCAUCUAAGAAUGCUGUGCUCAGUGAAGGAAGCCUCGUUGGUGGUAGGACCAAAGGGUGAGUCUAUUUCAAAAAUAAAGAAGGAUACCUCAACAAGAAUAAAUGUGUCAGAAAACAUUAGGGGUGUUCCAGAAAGAAUAAUAUAUGUUAGAGGAGCUUGUGAUAAUGUUGCCAACGCCUAUCUAAAUAUUGCCAAGGCUAUAAGGAAAAAUGAGGGAAUAAUUUUCCAAGGACCUGAAGAAGAUGAGAAAGACAGAGAGGAGGGGUCACAAAGUAAAAGCUCGGAUGAAUUAGUGACGAUCCACCUUCUAAUAUCCCAUCAUUUAAUAGGUUAUAUUAUUGGCAAACAUGGAUCUAGGUUAAAGGAAAUUGAACAAACGAGUUCAUGUAAGCUUUACGCAUCUCCAGAUCAAUUAUUUUCGUCUAAUGAUAGAAUUCUGACGAUAACAGGGUUUCCUGAUGCGAUUCAAAAGGCAACCCGGUGUAUUGGACAAACAAUUCUCGAUUGCCACGAAUCAACUUCAAAGAAAAGAGCAAUAUUUUAUCAGCCUUCCAUCGGAUACUCUGCGUUGUCGAAUUCGUCAUCAUAUUAUGGCUAUAAUAAUCAAUCUCAAAGAUUUUAUCAAUUUAACAAGUACAAUAGUUAUCGUUCUAGAAGAGCUCCAAGAUCUCCACCAGUAAUGAUGAUACCGACCCCGGUACAGCCCAUCCAAGUUACUAAUCAAACUCUUAAACAACCUGUCUAUACUGCAGAAACAGUUGCAAAUGCAACUUCUUUUACUCCAAACUUCGUACUUCCAAAUGUCCGCAUUGUUAAUACUAUAAUAUCUCAGUCAGGAAAUAAUCAAGACUCACAACUGAUGUCUGUGCAAAGAGAAAUCUACAUUAAUGAAGAAUUUGUUGGAAAUAUUAUAGGAAGGGAAGGGAGGAACAUCAAUUCAAUAAAGGAGACGACAGGGUGCUCAAUCUUUAUAGAUGACCCUGUCGAGGGCUCAUAUGAAAGAAAGCUUGUCAUCAAGGGGACGCAGAUGGGAUCCCAAGCUGCUAUCAUGUUGAUAAGUAAUAAAAUUGAGAUGGAUAGGAUGAAUUCAAAGAGAAGAAAUAAUAGCAAAUGA